AUGUCCGCAGCUCAAGCGUGCCCUGCUCGUCCUUCCUCCGAGACCCUACACAGACAAGUAACAAGUGACGCCUGGCGACUAACACCUUACAUGGCAGAUGCCCUAGUCCAAAACUUCCUCACCCAUGUAAACUUCCAUUACUACAUCAUUUAUCCGCCUUCAUUCUUGGAAGAAUAUAGAACCUGGUGGUCGCUGCGCUCGGAAAAUCGCCCACUUGGUAUGCAGUGGACUUGUCUGCUGCUCAUGGUUUGUGCGUGCUCAAUGCAGUACACCGAUAGUGAACUUGAACGGAAACUCGAGAUUGAUCUCGGCCAGAGCGCUCAGAAGCUCACUGAGCAGUACCACAACGCCGGUCGUGAACUCCACGGCGCUAUUCCUGUCGGCAACAACCACCUACUAAAUGUCCAGUCGUUGUUGCAUUCAUGCUACUGGUACAAAUCAGAGGCACGAUUUGUCGAAUGCUGGCAUGUUCUCAGUACCGCCAUCCGCGAGGCUCAGGAACUCGGCAUUCACAAGGAAACCGUCAGCGGUCAAAUGUCUGAGUUUGACCUGCUGAUAGACCGGACUGAUAUCGAUGUCGGCAUUCCCAGCCUCACCCUAGAAGGGUACACACCAUCCCCUUUGCAACACAUGAAACUCCAGUCAGAACUGAUUACACGACUUUUCAACCGUUUUGGACUAUCGAAGGAUGUUUCUCAGCAUGGCGACAUCCGAGCAUAUCAAGCUAUUGUUGACAGAUGGAUGAAUACCUUUCCAUCGACCUACGCUUUCAUCGACCCAGAUACAAGCAACGACGCGUCGCGGCCGUGGAUUGUCCUGCAUCGGCAUUACCUUCACACUAUGGCCAUGUCCAUGAUGCUCGACCCUAUUCGAGCCUAUCUAGCCAAACCAAUGUCCAAACAAUCGCCAUCCGACGAACUCAAGAUUCGUGACGACGGCAUUGACUACUCACUGCGGUUAUUGGACGCUUUGCACGGCUUCUUUGACCACGUCUAUCCACGAGACGCCAAAUUCCACUUUGUGCUUUUCUACAUUUUCGAUACAGCUGCUGUCCUGUGCUCUGCUCUUAUGCAUGACCAAGACUCAAGCCUUCCAAAGCGGGACGAUAUGCUGGUGGCUGUUGACAAGGCCUUGUCAAUGCUUAAGCGACUAAAUACGGUGACCAAAACCGCUAGAACAUCACAUAAAGUUUUGGCCAAAAUUGCUCAGAACAUUUCCCGACCCGGACAAGAAGUGAAAUUACCAAUCAUGCCUGCAAAAAAGCGACUAAAUGACAAGGAGCUCGCACUGACACCCCCCGGUAUGAAUCAGACAGAGGUAGCGUUCGCAAGCGACCCCGGCACUGUCGAUUCGCACGCCUCUUAUACAACUCCGACCAGUGAUGCGCAACUCUAUCGCGCUCCAGUAUCGCAAUUCACGCCUCCUGGUCACUACUUGAACAUUGCCGAAUCAGCUGGAUAUAGCCCUCCGGUUCCUUCAACGUCGUCAGGCACCGCAAUGCCCUCGUCAAAUACCCUGUAUUAUAAUGGUGCACAGCUAGAUUAUUCAACAUCAUAUGUUAACAUGACACCACCAACUGACGAGGCUUACCAUGCUAUAGACUAUGGGAAUUUCGGCGCCAUUACCGAACAAGAUCUGGACGAGUUGGCGACGCUAUGGAAUUAUGAGAGCCUAAACCUGGACUUUAUAAACCCUGGGGUGCUCAGCUAA